AUGACGCGUCCAUCCCGCCUCCUGAAACAAGGCAUCUACGUCCCUACAGUGGCCUUCUUCACAGAAUCAGAUGAGGUUGAUAUCCCAACCACCAAGAAACACGCCGUGCACCUCGCCUCCGCCGGCGUAGCCGGUAUCACCGUGCAGGGCUCCAACGGCGAAGCCGUCCAUCUGGACCGUGAAGAGCGCAAUUCCAUCACGGCAGCAACCCGAUCUGCCCUGGACGAAAAUGGCUUCACCAGCGUCCCCGUCAUCGUCGGCUGCGGCGCGCAGUCGACGCGCGAGACAAUCCGGCUGUGUCACGAUGCCGCAGAGGCCGGUGGCGACUACGUCCUCGUCCUCCCACCAUGCUACUACAAGUCGAUGAUGGCGCGGGACGUCCUGCUCCAGUUCUUCCGCGACGUCGCGGAUGCCUCGCCCCUGCCGGUGCUCAUCUACAAUUACCCCGGUGCCGUGGCUGGGAUAGAUCUGGACUCGGAUGACGUGAUUGCGCUGGCGCAGCAUGACAAUAUUGUCGGGAUCAAACUCACCUGUGGGAAUACGGGGAAACUGGCGCGGAUCGCGUCUGCCGUGGCGGCCAGCGGGAACAACUUGAAGAGUGAUAGUAGUAAUGGCGUCCAGAACGGAAAUAGUAGUAAUCAUAGGUUCGUCACGUUCGGCGGUUCAGCAGAUUUCACUCUGCAGACGCUCGUGGCAGGCGGGGAUGGAGUCAUUGCUGGUGUGGCGAACCUUAUCCCGCGCGCCUGCGUGAAGCUUAUGCAGCUCUAUCAGGAUGGGAAGGUCGAGGAGGCGCAGAAAUUGCAGUCGCUCGUGGCCAGGGCGGAUUGGGUGACUAUCCGAACGGGCUUUGUGGGAGUCAAAGCGGCGCUGGAGGCAUUCUGGGGGUAUAAAGGAUGCGAGCCGAGGAGGCCUUGUGUGAGACUGGGUGCUGGGGAGUUGGAGAGGCUGAAGACGGAGCUGCAGGAGGCUGUCGAGGUGGAAAAUAAGCUGUAA